GAGAGAGAGAGAGGGGGGGGGGGAGACACACACGUCCAAGACCAACCAGCAACCACAUCUCUCUCACUCUCUCAUUUCUUCCUUUGUGUUAAAUCUACGCUUAGAGUUGAUUCUCUUAUUCUUGGGCAACCCAUUUCAGAGUUCCAUCCAAAUCCUCCUUUUCGGGAUCCAAUUCAUUCUUUUCAUUUCAUGGAUUCUGCUGUCUGAGAUUGGAGGCCAACAUUCUUGCUCUUAUUGGGCGUCCAAUAAUUUUCGCUCUUAUUUCUUUGGAUUCUUUCGGUGACUCUGAACUCCUCUCCAAUGGGGGAUGUAGCAAAGGACUUAGCUGCUGGCACUGUUGGAGGAGCAGCCCAAUUGAUUUGUGGUCACCCCUUUGACACCAUUAAGGUCAAGCUCCAGAGCCAGCCUGCUCCGCUCCCAGGCCAACCUCUCAAGUAUGCGGGUGCAAUGGAUGCUGUCAGGCAAACAUUAGCUGCUGAAGGCCCUAGAGGUUUGUACAAAGGUAUGGGGGCUCCAUUGGCCACUGUGGCUGCCUUCAACGCCGUCCUCUUCUCAGUGAGGGGACAAAUGGAGGCAUUGUUGCGGUCUGAACCUGGUGCCCCCCUUACAGUUAACCAGCAAAUAGUCUGUGGGGCAGGGGCUGGAGUUGCCGUUUCCAUCUUAGCAUGCCCCACUGAAUUGAUCAAGUGCAGGUUGCAAGCCCAGAGUGCAUUGGCAGGUUCUGGUUCAGCUGGCGUUGCAGUGAAGUAUGGAGGACCAAUGGAUGUGGCCAGGCAUGUUCUUAGAUCAGAAGGGGGUGUAAAGGGUCUCUUCAAGGGAUUGGUUCCCACUAUGGCACGUGAGGUUCCAGGAAAUGCCGCAAUGUUUGGUGUCUAUGAAGCCUUGAAGCAGUACCUUGCAGGUGGCCAAGACACAUCAAAAUUGGGAAGAGGCUCUUUGAUGUUGGCUGGAGGCUUAGCUGGAGGUGCCUUCUGGAUCUCAGUCUACCCUACUGAUGUUGUCAAGAGUGUAAUUCAGGUAGAUGAUUACAAAAAUCCCAAGUACUCAGGUUCCAUUCAUGCUUUGAGAAAGAUCCUGGCCUCAGAGGGAGUAAAAGGCCUGUAUAAGGGCUUUGGACCUGCCAUGGCCCGAAGUGUGCCUGCAAAUGCUGCAUGCUUCUUGGCAUAUGAGGUGACAAGAUCAAGUUUGGGUUAAUUGGUUCUUUGGUGCCACUGGUUGAUGAUUUGCUUGAAAGUUUAUUGUUUGAUCUUGCCUAUCUCAAAGCAAUCAUCAAACCAUUGAAUGGAGCUGUUUAAAAUAUUUUUCUGCAAUAGUGGCAAGCUCUUACUGUUCUGUAAUUUUUGAUUUGGUUGCUGGAAGAAACAUUGUUUCACCAGUUCAUAUAUAAAGGCACCAGGUGCUGAACAUUUAUUUUCAGAUUCUCUCUCGAGUGACCAUUUAUGUGAUAAAUAUAUACUUGAAUUGAA